GUAAUCGUAAGUAUCCUAAUGGUCUCAAUUAAGGUGAUAGGAUGGCCGCGUGACUUGGUUACGACUUAACCUCCCAAGGAUCUCACCAACUUACAUACUACUUACUACAUACAUCUACAUCUACAUCGUACCCCCAUUUAUAUGGACUAUUUCAAGUUUUGUUGAAUAUAUUGAGGUUGCAAGGUUAGACCUUCAGCCACUUGGUUUUUGGUCAAGUGCGAAAAGCGGUGAAUUCCUCAAUUUUACCCUCAACAAUGCCAUCUUUUCUCGAUUUCCCCCCCGAAAUACGACGCAUGAUAUACCUGCAUUGCAUGAACCCAAACGAAUACAAAAAUGCCUAUGAUAUAUACCGACAUAACCACAUAGAAGUGGGUAAUAUCGAAUACAGGAAGCGCGGCCCUCUAUGCAUCGAACCCCGCAUAUACAUCACGCGUACCACACCGAGCAUCCUCCUACUCAAUAAGCAGAUCACAGCGGAGGCCCUUGAGGUUCUGUACAGAAUCCCUGUCGACUUGUAUGGUACUCCAGGUAGCCACUGUAGUAUGCGACAGAUGGACAUCGCCGAAUUUAUCUGCGAGCAGUUCUUGCAGCGAAUCCAGUAUGCAGCUCUUCUACUCGGCAAUCCCCAUAAGAAUUUCGUGCUGCAGCUCCUGGAUAUCUGGGGCGCGGACAACCGUCUCAAGAGGCUUGAUGUGUACUUUCCGAAGGGUGCACUUGGGUCAUAUCGACAUUGGGAUAUUGUCGAGAGUAGGCUUCGAACUUUCUCCCUCAUGGUCCCGGUACACUUCCAUGAAGUUCCUGAGCCAUCGGAGGCCCCAUCUGGGCAGUAACUUGAGUAGUGGCUGCAAGUCAAUCACUAGUUCGCUCUUUCCUCCCCGUGGUUUAUCAGAUAUUCAUAGUUAUGUACAGACUAAUGAGUUUACUUUGCUAUAUUCAAACCCAAGCUCCUAACUCCGCAUGGAGAGUGGAAUGAGAUAUCAAUGCCCUAUCUGAUGACCAAGAAUAGCGAUACCAUAGUCUACACACAAUAUUAGAAAUCCACAACAUCCCUAACGUAAAGCCGCUACACAACAGCCAUCAACUCCGUGCUCUGCGUGAAUCGCGCCGCCGCCAAC